CUAUGGAUGUUUGAUCUACGUAGCGACCCAAAUCGCCUCCGGGAUGAAAUAUUUGGAGUCUCUGGACCUGGUGCACAGGGACCUAGCCGCAAGGAAUUGUGUUAUAGACAAAAACUUUACAGUUAAAGUUUCGGACCACGCCAUGUACUGUGAACGUUAUGAAAACGACUACUACAUAAGCGACACUAAAGCAAGACUGCCCAUAAGAUGGAUGUCAUGGGAAGCGCUUCUUCUGGGAAGACAGACCACCAAAAGCGACGUAUGGGCCUUCGCGGUGGCCUUGUGGGAGAUUUUAAUGUUCUGCACCCAGCAACCGUACGCUGAGUUGACCAGCGAGCAAGUCGUGGAGAACAGUAACCAUUGGUACCAAAACGAUGGGUGCCAGAGGUACCUUUCUCGACCAACGGCUUGCCCUAGGGAGAUAUACGACCUCAUGGGAGAGUGUUGGAAAAGGAAUGCAGCAGACAGGCCUCGUUUCUCGGAGAUCCACCUCUUCUUGCAACGGAAGAACCUGGGAUACAUGCCCGGCCCAAACUCACAAGUAUAG